GAGGGCCGCAGUGUCUGCAGGUUUAACUCCAGUUCUGUUCCAUUGUGUGGAUGGGCCCCAUGGUCUGGUAUCUGUUAUUUUUCCGAUUGGAGAGCUGCCUGCCAACUCCAAUCAAAUCUGCAAAUAUCCAGCCUUGAGAUGUUUGUUUUAGAAAGAAGGAUGUACGGUUUGCAAAGAUUGUUUUCUUUGUUUCCUCUAAACACGUAACUUUUUAAAGAUGAACGCAUGACAUGUUAAGUUAAUGGUUCAUUGUAUUACUUAGUCAUUUUAUUGUGUCAUUAAUAUGUAUAGAAAAUAAAUAUUGUUGUUGGCCUGGUCAUGUUGUUAGCCCUUUGUCUGACACAGUUACUCAAAUAACCCUUGUGGAUGCCCUUGGGUUAUCUUUCAUUGUAAGUCACCCUGGAAAGUCCGGUCCAAGAAAGUAAUGAAAUGUAAAACACUGGCUACAAGGGUAACCGUGAUUAUGGAAUAGAGUAUGACUCGUAAGGACGGCUGUAUUGACCACUCGGAAGUUAUAAGUUCUCGCGUCAUUUUACUCGGUACAAUCAAUGUAUCAGACGACAGUUCAUAAAUACUGUGCAUGCGUAAUGUUGGAUGUAUCUGAAUAGUCCCGUCAUUUGCAGAAGUCUGUACAAAAAAGAAAGGAAAAAACGUUUGAACGCAGUUUAUAUCGAAACUCAAAGCGAAGCCGUAUUUGUUUCACCACCCGGAUAGCACGCACAUCGGAUUCAUCGUCAACAACAGCCUCCGACCAACCAUGAGUUCCGUCAGAUCCGCCCUUUCCCGCGAGCAGGAGAAGCAGCUGGGCUCCCUCCUCGGCCACGCGCGGCUGAGCCUGCUGUACAAGGGCAGCGUUCACGGCUACACCGCCGCCGCUUUCCAUGGCCGGUGUGACCUGCAGGGCCCGACCGUGGUGGUGGCCUACAAUGGCGCCGGCUUCGUCUUCGGCGCCUUCACCAGCAAGGACUACACCCAGCGCGGGCAGGUCAUCGCCGACGACAAGGCCUUCCUGUUCAGCUUCCGGGAGGGGGACGGUGGGAAGAGCCCCCUCCGCAUCAUGCCCAAGAGCGAGGCCCAGGCCUUCACAGACGGGAACACGGGGCCCAAUUUUGGCUCGCUGGUCUUCCUGAACGGGAACCUGGCGGCGGUCGCCAGCAAUCCCGGAUCCCUCUACAAUUUCGAGGCGGCGGAGAUGCAUGGCGGGGACCUGGUGCUGACGGAGUGUGAGGUGUACAGAGUGGAGGAUCUUGGAGGCCUUCUGGAGAAGCCUUGGAGAAAUGUCCUCUGGAGUUCUGAGAAGAAGAAGGAGCUGAUGGAGUUUGUGAGGAACUACAAGCCCAUAAUGAACGCCGUGCGACAGGCUCGCAUCCUGCUCAUUGGGCCAGUCGGCGUCGGCAAGUCCAGCUUCUUCAACUCCAUCAACUCCAUCUUUCGGGGUCAUGUGACUAGCCAGGCCAUCGCGGGCAGUACAGCAAAGAGUCUGACUACCCAGUUCCGCAGCUACCAGGUCAAGGCUGGGAGGGAGGGCAAGCCCCUCCCCUUUGUCAUGUGUGACACUAUGGGAUUGGAGGAAGCCACAGGGGAGGGGCUUCAGUUGGAUGACAUCACAAGCGUUCUGAGAGGCCACGUUAUGGACAGGUACCAGUUCAACCCCUCAGUGCCGCUGCAGUCGGACUCGCUGGGGUAUCGUAAGAGCCCUGCCCUUGGGGACAUGGUCCACUGCGUGGUCUACGUUCUGGACGGCGGCAAGGUCAAGCAGAUGAAGCCCAAGCUGCUGGAGAAACUGCAUGACAUUCGGCGCAGGGUCAAUCUGAUGGGUGUUCCCCAGCUGGUGCUCAUGACCAAGGUGGACGAGGCGUGCCAGCACGUGGGCACGGAUCUGAAGCAGGUGUACCACAGUCACUACAUCCAGAGGAAGGUGGAGGAGUUGGGCCUGCUCCUGGGGAUCCCCAUGUCCUGCAUCAUCCCGGUGAAGAACUACAGCCAGGAGCUGGACCUGGACCAGAACAACGACAUCCUGCUGCUCACCGCCAUCCAGCAGAUGCUGAGGUUCACCGACAACUACUUCGACGACAUCUACCAGGGGGAGGACGAGGAGAGCAGGGGAUAGGCUGGCCUGCCCCGCCCCCUCUGUGUGUCUGAGCAUCUGGAGGAGGGCCGGCCCGAGGGGGUCAGUGACCCCAAAAAAGUACUCCAACGUUUAAAAAAAUAUGAAUUGAAUUGUGUCGCAUAGGGAUGUUUGUGGCUGAAUUACAUUUCUUGCACAAAUGUAGACCACCAAUCAUGUGCAGGGGCAUAACGUGAAUCUAACCAAUCACGAGGGAGAGUGGCAUAAAAUAUUCACAAAGCAAGUAUUUGUGGAAAUAUAAGAGGGAAGCAAACAGAUUAUCAUAAUUAAAAUGGCUUCUCCACACAGUAAGCCCCACAUGUGCUUUUGCAGCUUGGCUUUACUGAAUCUCUGUAACCUUGCCGAUGUUUCUGUCAGAUAAAUAAAUAAAUGGUACAUUUGACAGUA